GAGCGUGCGUUAGUCGCGCACACACGGUACCGGCAUUGAUAUGCGCGCCCAUCUCAAAAUCAACACCGAAUCUCAAAUCGCAUCCUGACUAUUCUCCAGUCAGACACCAUUCAAGUAUUAUUUUCUACUGCGAUAAGUCACAGAGUGCAAGUCAAGUGACAGGACUGAAGAAAAAGUUGAAAACACGCCGAAGUCAAGAUGGAGCAGUUUGAACAACUGUUAACCUGCGCCAUAUGUCUGGACAGAUACAGAAAUCCAAAAUUGCUGCCAUGUCAGCACAGCUUCUGCAUGGAGCCGUGCAUGGACGGGCUCGCGGACUACGUGCGACGUCAGGUCAAAUGUCCCGAAUGCCGUGCAGAGCAUCGCAUCCCAUACCAGGGGAUUCAGGCGUUUCCAACCAAUGUCACCCUUCAGCGAUUCCUGGAGCUACACAUCGAGAUCACCGGCGAAUUACCGGAUCCCACCAGCGGGCAGAUUAUGGAACGAUGCAAUGUCUGCUCGGAGAAAUCCUAUUGCAGCCCAUGCUCCCACUGCGAGAAGAAGAUCUGUGAAGAAUGUAAAGGUGCUCAUAUGGAUAUCCUACGCAGGGAAAUUGUUAGGAUCAACAAUCAAAUCCGACGUGGUAUUCAUCGCUUGCAGGAUGCACUCUCGAUGGUCGAGAAGAACGCGCAGAGCAUUCAGACGAACAGCUUGUCUGUUUCCGAGGAAGUGGAGGAGAUCUACAGACGUCUCUCCAAAGCGGUCAAGGAUCGCACCGAGCACUUGCGCGGCGAGUUGGAUCGUUACAUGUCCACCGAAGUGCGCACGCUGACGACUCUGAAGGACAACUUGGAGCAGGAAAUCUCCAACAUCAUCAGCAACUGCGACCUCGCCGACAAGCACUUUAACGAGAACGUGCCUUGGGAUGACUGCGAGUUGAUGGACGCCAAGGAGAUCUUCUUGAAGACUGUUGAUUUCAUUAGGAACUUUGAGUAUGAGAAUUCGGAUUACAGCCGAAAAGUUAGGUUAGUCCUGGCGCAUGAUCCCAAUCAGCUGGUUUUACACGUGGCAGGUUAUGGGGAUUUGAAUAUUACCAAUCCGAGUAAUCCCUUUGGACAGGGUACCGCUCUGCAGGUGCCUGGAGGUCCUGGUUUGAUGAGAUCCAAGAGUGAUCAUCGUUUAGCGUCGCAAUUUAGGCAACAAGAGGAACGUCAAGGGUAUUACGAUGGAGAGGAACCUCCAUUAGCAGGAAGGAAGUUUGGGGAGCGUCAUACCAAGACCACAACUGGUGGAGAUAGGUAUACAGAUCGUUAUGGUCGUGGUGGUACUGAAUACGGAGAAGAUUAUGAAGAAUCUUCAAGGCCACCUAGGUCUAGAUAUCGCAGCAGGUACAACCGCCAUGGAGAUAAUGAUUCUGACACUGAACAGACCAGUAGGGUACGAUUCAAUGAGCAACAACAUAAAGAACGGGAACGUGUCCUUGACACAGAAGACGUUGCUAAAGGACCACUUAGUGGUAUUACACGUCUGGCGGACUCACCGAGAGUCAUGAAGAAAUUAAUUGAAUCUGAAAGUGGUGGGGGUAAGAAAAAGGAAAAAGAGGUACCAUCAGUACAACCACCUCAACCUAAAGUGGUACCCAAACGACCACCACCACCAGCUAAUCGCCAGCAAAGCGAGGAGGAUGAAAUCGCUAAAAUCAAAAAACAGAAUAAAGGCGCAACCACCUCCACUGAAACCGAACCGCCUGCAACUGUCACUAGACAAACCUCUAGGCGUGAAGAGGAGGAAAGACCAACGCAUGCCGCGAGCAGAAAGACACCGGCACCCGCCGAGGCGACCACGAGUGCCGAAGACGAGUCGGACGAAUCAACAUCCGCGCCCCAGCAGCGCAAGACGCCGGUGAAACCGUCGGUGGCGUCCGCGCAAACCGCGACCACACGUCGCACAUCCGCGGAACCUAAAAAAGCCACACGUUCAACCAGUUCGGAUUCAUCAACAUCGAGCGAGUCUAGUGGUUCGGCAGUGCGUAAUACCGGCGCGGCGUACACCGCUGAAGAGGUAAAGCAGAAGUAUUUGGCGCGCGGUAGCGUUGACCAUAGUGGCGACGCUCCCUCGCGCACCCGCCAGUCCUCGACGGGGUCCAACAGCGGUAAGGACAAACCCUUCCAGAGUCGCUUCUUGCAGAACAAAACCACACCCACCCCACCACCAGCCAGUACCAAAGAGGAGGAGACCGAGACCAGCAGUGAGGAGGAGACUUCUUCCGACAGUGAAUCCGAAGAGUCCACACCGAAAGUCGAGCCCAAAGAACCACCAAAGAGUGAUAUUGCGCCGUUGUUAGCGCGGAGUCAACUAGCGCGUGACAACAGCACUGACUCGUCGCGCAAGCCCACGACAACAACAACAACCACCAGGGAUGACACCACCGGGUAUGGACGGUCAAGAUAUAGUACUAAGGAAGACCCACCAAUUAACAAAUAUUCGACACACAGCACACGCACACGCCCCACAUACGAAGAUGACACUCCUAAGUACGGCUACACCAGUCGCUUCCUCAACAAGAGCAAGAGCACCGCCGCGGUGGCCCCCGAAGAAGACGACUCCAAGUACCAUUCUUCCUUCGAUGAUGACAGCAAGUAUCCAACGAGUCGCAGUCGUUAUAUGGCGAUGAAAGAACGCCGGCAGAGGUUGGCGCGGAGCAAGUCCAGUCAUAAUUUCGACGAUGAUGAUACCGAGGAGCAAUUGUCGCCGACGUCGACAAAUCCGAGCGCUUAUCUCGCCUCGAGGGGAUACGGAUCGGCGUCGUCAUCGGCAAUGAACGAUCUGGCGCGCAGCCGAUCCUCGCACGCGCUUAAAUCCAGAGAGAGCUCGCCCGAACGCCCAUCGCCCGGUACCGAGAAGGAUGGCGCGGCGCUCAGCUCCUGGGCGCGAUACUUGAAGAACAAAUACGGUAAUCGCGCCACUGGUAAGGACAAGGAUGGCGGAAGUGCAACGCCUUCGUCUGCGAGCAGUUCCGCUGCCGCAAGGCGGCUAUCACUCGGCUUGCCUCUGCGGUCGUCGACGGAAAUGGGAAGCUCCGAUGACGAUUCAAAAAACAUGCAAGGCUCCCCCACUACCCCUACAGCAGCUACAGUAGCGGCAGCAGCCGGUAUCGCGGUGGCAACAGCAGGUACUUCCCCUAGAAGCCAGUACCUGCAGAAAGGCCGCAAGCUGUUUGAGAUAGGGAGUCGGGGGAGCGAAGCCGGAUGCUUCACGUGGCCGCGCGGCGUCGCCGUCGGCCCGGACAACACCAUCGUCAUCGCAGACUCGUCGAAUCAUCGCGUGCAGGUGUUCGACGCCAGCGGCAAGUUCCUCAAGGAGUUUGGGACGUACGGCAACGGCGAGGGUGAGUUCGAUUGCCUCGCCGGCGUCGCCGUCAAUCGCAUCGGUCAGUUCAUUAUCGCCGAUCGAUACAAUCAUAGGAUACAAGUAUUCGAUCCUUCUGGGAGGUUUUUGAGAUCGUUUGGUAGUCAGGGUUCGUCGGACGGGCGAUUUAAUUAUCCCUGGGGUAUUACCACGGACGCGCUAGGUUUUAUUUAUGUUUGUGAUAAGGAGAACCAUCGAGUUCAAGUUUUCCAAUCGGAUGGAACAUUUGUCGGUAAAUUCGGCACAAUGGGCAACAAGCAAGGACAGCUCGAACAUCCCCAGUACAUCGCCGUAUCGAAUACGAAUCGUGUGGUUGUAUCAGAUUGCAAUAAUCAUCGCGUGCAGAUCUUCGACGUAAACGGACGUGUGCUGUCUGCGUUUGGCAGCGAGGGAUCAGCCGAAGGACAAUUUAAAUUCCCCAGAGGCGUUGCAGUUGACGAUCAAGGUUACAUAUGCGUAGCUGAUUCCGGGAACAACCGCAUACAGAUAUUCCACCCGGACGGCACGUUCCUGAAGGAGUUCGGUUGCUGGGGAACGCGCGACGGCGAAUUCAAGGGAUUAGAAGGCGUCGCGAUCGCAUCGAACGGCAACAUUCUCGUCUGCGAUCGUGAGAACCAUCGAAUUCAGGUGUUUUGAAAAAAUGGGUUCUCGUUUUAUUUGUAUUAUUCUCUAUUCUUUGACGAUACGAUUGUAAAUUUUGUAUAUGCAAAACGAUGUAAACGAAACGGAACGUCAUGGUUACUAUUACGCAAUACUUUGAAAACUGUACUAAUUUUGUGGAUGAUUAUUUGAUUAAUAAUUUCGCUCAUUUGUCAAUGUGUGUUACCAUUUUGUUAUAGUUGCAAUGAAUUUACGAGAGGUAUAAUACUUUAAUACGUGUAUAUUAAACAAUUUCUACUUCCAACCAACAA